CUCGAUUUUGUUCUCUCUCCCACUCUCCGUCAUCCGGUAUUCCUCGGAACAGAAGGGAGUGCGUUGCGUUUGCGCAUGUGGUUAUGCGCUUGCGCUGUGCACUACUGCUUUCUUUGUGUCCUCACAGCGUACACACACGUUAAUAAUUUACAUGAAGUCACAUACGUAGUUGCCUCUGUUGUCUAGCCUAGCCGAGGGGUCCAGAACAGUGGCGUACUGUAAUAUCGCAUCUCUUCUCUCAUCGAAUGAAAGUGGUGGCUUCACACACCCUGAAGUAUUGCUGAGUAUUCAACGACGUCAAGUGACGUGAAACGAACAUUCACCACUGGUACAUCAGUGGUAUUGAGCUGGUAAUUGGCUCGAUAUAAUAAUAGUGGUGUAUGACAACGGUGGUUGUAUUGGGACUCAUCGAAUUGCGCUUCAUCGCGCUAUUCGGCGGUGUGAGGCGUAGGUUUUAACGUUGCGUUGAAUACAACAUACUCAUAUUGAAAGGGCCAUUCAGCCACUGACAAAACUUGUUACGAAGAAUAUUUGUAUUGUAAAAUUCAAUUACAGUGAAUUAUUGGAAUUCAAUCGUCGGUUUGGCCCCGCGCCGUUUAAUUGCAUUCCCAUAUAUGUGGGUGUCUCAGCAUCAGAGACGCGGGAGCGUUUUGUGUUGUUGUGAUACAGUGGUGGUAGCGACAUCCACGAGUAAAACUAAAACGAUAAACAUCACGAAUAGAGAAACGACGACGGCAACGGCGGUGGCGGCGCCGCUGUGUGUUGUUGUCGCACGGCCUCCAAGAUGAAGUCCGACUCGAAACCUUUGUUGACAGCACAAGCGGAAAAGGCCAAUCAUUACACAUACUUGAAGGAAUUCCGUGUCGAGCAAUGCCCACUAUUUAUCCAACGAAAAUGCACACAGCAUCGACCAUUUACUUGCUUCAACUGGCACUUCAUGAACCAGCGGAGACGCAGACCAGUUAGGAAAAGGGACCGCACUUUUAAUUACAGUGCUGAUAAUUAUUGUACUAAAUACGAUGAAACUACCGGCAUAUGUCCCGACGGAGACGAGUGCCCAUUUCUCCAUCGAACAGCUGGAGAUACUGAGAGACGUUAUCAUCUACGAUAUUACAAGACUUGCAUGUGUGUGCAUGAUACAGAUACACGUGGUUUUUGCGUUAAAAAUGGGCCACAUUGUGCUUUUGCCCAUGGUAAUCACGACCUCCGUCCUCCAGUAUACGACAUCAAAGAAAUUCAAGCUUUGGAGAAUCCAGACUCAGACCCAAAUUCAUCGUCAAAUGGACCAAAUAUUUUGGAUAAAGAACGAAACUUGAUGAAUGAGGAUCCCAAGUGGCAAGACACUAACUACGUUCUUAGCAGUUACAAAACGGAGCCCUGCAAAAGACCUCCGAGGCUCUGUCGACAAGGCUAUGCUUGUCCGCAAUAUCACAACAGCAAAGAUAAACGUCGUAGCCCAAGGAAAUACAAAUAUCGCUCAACACCCUGUCCAAAUGUCAAGCAUGGAGAAGAAUGGGGUGAACCUGGUAAUUGUGAACAGGGUGAUGCCUGCACAUACUGUCAUACUCGCACUGAGCAACAAUUUCAUCCAGAAAUUUACAAAUCAACCAAGUGUAAUGAUGUUCAGCAGGCCGGGUAUUGUCCUCGUGGAGUCUUCUGCGCCUUCGCACACGUUGACCUGUUGUCAACAGACGAAAUGAGUCUGGCCCGGGAUCUGGCGGCACCUUUAGAUUGUGGUACGAAUCUGGCUGAUAUUCUCAACAGCGCUCUCCCACCUGAUAAAAGAUCAAUGGAAAAGGAAAAGCCACAAAGCGACAGCAGUUUUCCACCAUUGCAGAAUGGCAGUGGAGAGGUUUCUGAGUCUGCUAGUACAAGUAGCCUCGGAAGUAAUAGCUCUCAUAGUAAAGCACCUGGAGCACAACUUCAUAAUUCCAGUGCAAAUUCUGGAAUGAAUAUCUCAUCACAACCAAAGCUCAGCAAUAUGCUUUACAAUUCUGCCUCUCUUUUACAAAUUAGUGAAAUUCGAAAGCAAAUAAUGGCUAUAGAAAAUGAUCCAUUAUUAACAAAAUCGGAGAAGGCGCAGCGCAAACAAAAUAUAUACAUUGCCUACGGUCUGAAUGGAUCAUUGGGAAAUCACGGAUUAACAUCAACGGUAUCUCCACUAUCAGCCAAUUCAUUUUAUGGAAAUGAUACCGUAGAAUCUGUUGUCGGGAAUGCAUUGGAUGAGUUGCAUUUGGACGAUCCAUUGAAUUUAGUUGAUUCAAUCCAUAGAGAUUCAAAUUCUCCGAUCAGUAACUCGAUAUCCGCUGGAUUGGCGAGCUCGGGUUUGCUCGGGAGUUCGGCACCAGUGAAUAUCCCAGGAAUGGCUGAACGUUCGGGACUCUCAAAUUUUUCACCAUCAACAUCUAGCCCACUACAACAAUUGCAAUCAGCUGGUUUUCUAACGGGAUCUAGAUUCUCUCAUCAAGAUUCAAUGGAAUCAACAAUGCCUUUCAUGAGUCAUUCCGUUUCAGAUCCAUUCAACAAUCAUAUUUCACAACUCAGCAGCUCAGCCUCUAAAUUAAGCGGUUUCAACAGUAGUUUAUUUGAUUUUGCUAAUCAGGGCCUUUCACCAUCACGUACACAAGCAUUACCAGCAUCUCCCCUGGUCAAUGCAUUCUCAGUGAGUCCGAGUAAUACUGGAUCACUCUCGGAAUUACAGAGAUUGAGGGAAGAAUUAUCGUCAAGUAGAGCUCAACUGGCGACUUGGGAUGAAAGAAUAAAUCAAGCACGUGCGGCUUGUGCGGCCUGGCAUUUAGAGAGCGAAGAGGCAAAAAGAAAAGCUUCAAUUGCUGAACAACAGAGAGAUGAUGCUAUCAUGCAGGUAAAAGCCUUGAGAGUUGAAAAUGAAGCUUCUAAUAGCAAUGGAGGCUGUAUUCACACACUCAAAGGAACUGGCGAGCUGAGGAGUUUAUCCAUAGCUACAUUAAAAUCUAUUCAAUCGCAGUUACGACAAGAUCUAGAAGAAGUUGAGAAAGUUCUGUAUAGAGAGACUGCAACAAAAUGUAUGGUUUGUGAGGAACAAAAUCGUGCUGUUACAUUGUCACCGUGCAAUCACUACGUGGUAUGCUCGACAUGUGCGCCUAAUCAACGUGAGUGCCCUUACUGCCAGACACCUGUUGUUUCAACCAGUUAGGUCGGGUAUUCCCUCGUGUCAUGUCACUCAUAGUUUAUCAGACACGGGGAAUACCUCUUUUCUCAUUUCUGAGAAUCAGCAUUGUUCUGAUUAAUUAAUCAUUUGUCAUAAUGUAUGCAGGAUUACUGAAAAGAAAAAAUACGUAGGACGGCUAAGAAACCUGCAUUGAAAAUAUACAUAAUAAUAAUUGAAAAAAAAAAAUUAAAAAAAUCUGACGAAUGUGCGUAAACGCAACAAGACAACAGCAGAGCAGCAGAGAAUGAUAUGCUUAGGCUUAAGUCUAUUUUCAUCAUCCAUUGUAAUAAUAGAUGAUGUCACAUUUUUCAUUUCGUAUGAAAUUGCCAAUGUCUCUGUAGGAUGAAUUAUCCCAAAUAAGCAUUGCAGGGAGAAUUAUUGAAUUUUAAAAGAUAUUUUUUUAAAACCCAAAGGAUUUAUAAUUGCGCCAAGGAGACAAACGUAAAUUUUUUUUUGGCUUCAAUCUCUCUGUUUUUUUUCAACAUCGUUUUUAUCUAUCGUACUAAAAAGGAAAAA